UCGGCGAUGACGAUACAUUCGUGUAUUUCUAGUUGAAUAUUUUUCGCGGACGGUAUAGCAAUAAAAUAAAACAGAAAAUUAGACGACGCAUCGCACAGAAAUGCAAAUGCAAACGUAUAAACUGGUAGUCGUCGGUGGUGGCGGCGUUGGAAAAUCUGCCAUAACGAUACAAUUCAUACAGAGCUAUUUCGUCACAGACUAUGAUCCAACCAUCGAGGACUCCUAUACGAAGCAAUGUGUGAUUGAUGAUGUGCCCGCCAAAUUGGAUAUUCUGGAUACAGCUGGCCAGGAGGAAUUUAGUGCAAUGCGUGAACAGUAUAUGCGUUCCGGCGAGGGUUUCCUGCUUGUGUUCUCGCUGAAUGAUCAUUCCAGCUUCGAUGAAAUACCCAAAUUUCAACGACAAAUCUUGCGUGUCAAGGAUCGUGAUGAGUUUCCCAUGUUGAUGGUGGGCAACAAAUGCGAUUUGGAGCAUCAACGUCAUGUCUCGCUGGAAGAGGCACAAAAUACCAGCAGAAACCUAAUGAUACCCUAUAUUGAAUGUAGUGCGAAGCUGCGAGUGAAUGUGGAUCAGGCGUUCCACGAGCUGGUGCGCAUUGUGCGCAAAUUUCAAAUAGCCGAGCGACCCUACAUUGAGGAGGGCUUCAAAAAGAAGGGCAAGAAGAAGUGCUGCCUUAUGUAAAGUGGGCAGCCAAAACGAAUCUCCACGAAUCGAGAAGAGAAAGGAUACGAUGUAACGAGUAUAACACCAAAAUUUUUAUAAUUAAUUAAUAAUGCGCGUCGACUGAGCUAAAUAGAGAGAUUCCGAUGUCCCAGUAAACCGAAGUAAUCCCAGCUAUAGCAGAAACCCAACGAAUUGCAUUUUGUGAACUGCCUGAACAUAAAAUGAAUUGUCUAAAAGCUCAUGCCACGCCCACUCGCCAGUUAAACUAACUAACUAAAACAAAA